AUGAAUCAUAACAGGUCCGGAAACUUCAACGUCAGUCCUCCUCUCAACAGCAGCUCCGGUUCCGUGGACGAGCUUGUAAUCACAUCGACUUUUGGGACAUUGCUGUCGCUAGUGUACAUAGUUGGAGUGUCCGGGAAUGUAUAUACGCUGGUGGUGAUGUGUCAUUCUAUCCGGUUCGCUACUUCCAUGUACAUCUCUAUCAUUAACCUUGCGCUGGCAGAUCUGCUUUACCUCUCCACUAUCCCAUUCGUGGUAUGCACCUAUUUCCUCAAGGACUGGUACUUCGGAGACGUGGGCUGCCGUAUUCUGCUGAGUCUCGACCUGCUGACUAUGCACGCGAGCAUCUUUACACUAACGGUAAUGUGUACGGAGCGCUACUUAGCAGUUACAAAGCCUUUGGAUACCGUUAAGCGCUCCAAAAGCUACCGCAAAGCCAUGGCCGGAGGCGUUUGGAUGCUGUCAUUGGUUCUUACUAUUCCUAUGAUGACUAUGGUCAACCAGACCACCAAACAGUCGGACGGCGGCGUGAAAAGGAUGUGUGCGCCCACCUGGGGCACUGAGGCGUAUAAGAUUUACCUGAGUAUCCUUUUCAGCACAAGUAUUAUGGCGCCUGGGAUAAUAAUUGGGUACCUGUACACUAAAUUAGCCCGCACUUACCUAGAGUCUCAGAGGAAUUCGGCCACCAACAAAGGGAAUAAGCGCUCUCCAAAGCAGAAAGUACUUAUCAUGAUAUUCACCAUCGUGCUGGUGUUCUGGGCGUGCUUUCUUCCCUUCUGGAUUUGGCAGCUUCUUCCCCUGUAUCACAAACCCCUGCGUCUGGCCUCUCACACCCAUACCUGCAUUAACUACCUGGUGGCCUGUCUCACGUACAGCAACAGCUGUAUCAACCCUUUUCUUUACACGCUGCUCACGAAAAACUACAGGGAGUACCUUAAAAAUCGCCACCGGAGUUUCUACCGCUACACGUCAUCCUUUAAAAAGCGCCCCCCCAGUUUGUACUCGUUAGGAAAGUCAGCCUCCUCCAGUAACCAGUUCGACUUCAACUCCGAGACGUUGGUAAUGGGACCACUUAAGGGGCCCCUGUGAUCCGUCAAAAGCGAGACUGCUGGAUGGAGUC